AGUGGAGAAAACAGGAGGAAAAAAACAGCCCUUCGCUCGAAGCAUUACUUCACCAAACAAGUUCUUCUCUGUCCCUCUCUCGCUCGCCUGAUUUUGUGAUUCGUCUCCUCGGAGCAUAUUUCUUCCGUAUAAUCCCCACAAAAAGCCGUCAAUUUACGAGAUUCUGGCAAAGAGUUCGAAUUUGCCGGCCAUUCUCAAGCCAAGAUCCCUACAGGAAUCACGAAAUCUAAUGCGAAACCGCCUCAGGUGAAAUUUGAGGAGGAAGAUGCCGGAUAUUCAAUCUAUGGUUGGGGAGUUUCUUAACAUGCUCAAGAAACGUAAGAUAGAGGGUUCUCAGGCGACAGCCAGGCAAACCGCAGAACUUCUGAGGUCGGUGAUUUCACAGCAGCGUGUGCCUCACACAAACCAGGCUGGAGCCCUUAUUGAUGCGGUGAAGGCUGUUGGUGAGCAAUUGAUUGCUGCAAAUCCUGUUGAGCUUGCGGUGGGCAAUGUCGUUAGACGGGUUUUGCAUAUUAUCCGAGAGGAGGAUCUUUCUCUCACUACUGCUGUUAUGGCUGGAUUGGAUUUAUUGGAUGUGAGUGAUGAUGAAGAUGAUUGCAAAAGAAGCAGCCAUCCCGCUAUGUCAGCUGCAGUUGUUGCAGCUGCAGCUAGGAGCACAUUGCGCCCACCGUCCUUACAAACACUUCUCGAAGGCACCCCUGACUCUGCCACUGUCCCAUACACGUCUUCAUCUACUGGUGAUUCUGAAGGGAAAAGUAAAUCUGCUGAUAAAAGUUCAAGUACCCGGAAGCUGAAGCAUGAUGUUAUAGAAACAGUCAAUCAACUUAUUUCUGAAAUCGCCACUUGUCAUGAGCAGAUCGCUGAGCAAGCUGUAGAGCAUAUACAUCAAAAUGAGGUGAUUUUAACCUUAGGUAGUUCAAGAACAGUACUGGAAUUUCUUUGUGCUGCGAAGGAGAAGAAGAGGUCAUUCCGAGUAUUUGUAGCUGAAGGUGCUCCAAGGUAUCAGGGGCAUCUUUUAGCAAAAGAGUUGAUAGCUCGAGGUUUGCAGACCACAUUGAUCCCUGACUCUGCAGUCUUUGCCAUGAUAUCGCGAGUAAAUAUGGUUAUAAUCGGAGCUCAUGCUGUAAUGGCUAAUGGUGGGGUUAUUGCACCUGUUGGAGUAAACAUGGUCGCACUUGCAGCUCAAAAGCACGCAAUCCCCUUUGUCGUUCUCGCUGGGUGUCACAAGCUAUGCCCUCUGUACCCUCACAAUCCAGAGGUGUUACUAAACGAGCUAAGAUCCCCUUCCGAGUUGUUAGACUUUGGUGAAUUCUCUGACUGUUCAACCCUUCUUCAUGUUGUGAACCCAACGUUCGACUAUGUACCUCCCAAGCUUGUGAGCCUGUUCAUAACCGACACGGGAGGGCAUAACCCGUGGUACAUGUACCGCCUCAUCGCCGAUUACUACUCUGCUGAUGAUCUGGUGGUGUAGCUGAAUAUCUGAUUUAGGGAAUUGCACAUAGAGCUUGGUUCCUUCAGGAUCAGGUAACAUCCCAUUUUUUCAUUCUCAGAUGAUGCACUGAGGCUCUGGAAUGAAGGGAUCACCCAAUAUAUAUAUAUAUAUAUAUAUAGGCAAAAACUGUUGCUCUCAGGGUCUUGAAUCAGAAGAGCGGGCAUUUACUAUCGCUGUUUUUUUCUUUUUUGGGAUCCUGAGGUUUAUUUACUGUAACUGUUGAAAUGACAGAUGAGAGGCAUUGGAAUCUAAGUUUGGGUCUAUGAACUGUUUAGUAACGAUGUGAGAUACGUUUGAAGUUUA